GUUUAGAUGUGAUUUAGUAGUACCGAGAGGUUAGUUUUUAUUUUAUUGUUUUUUACUAAACAUGUAGUAUAUUUAUCCUAAAUUAGAAAAGUGGAAUUCUUGUGAAAAUUCUGUGUGUGAAACUUGGAAAACCGAAGAGUCCAUUUUGCUGAGCUGCUGUUACUACUCUUGGUACAAUGCCAUCGCUUCUGGAAGCCUUAGAGCGCAAGUAUGGCGCCAAAGGCGAGGUCAACCCUGAAAUAGACGAUCUGCCUGUGGCAAUUUUCGUGCCAAAAAGAUCUCCACGCUUGAGUGUUCCUACGCUGUUAGUCCUUAAUGACUGUGACAUCGACUGUGCCGGCGACGCCUGCACUCUCGCUGAUAAGUGUGCUGACGUCGUAGAGCUGGACUUGGCCAACAAUAAGCUCACAAACUGGCAAGAGGUAUUUGCAAUACUGGAGCAAACGCCGCGUGUAAGGUUUCUUAACUUGAGCUUCAAUCGAUUGUCGGCGCAAAUUCAAGCAGCCCAGGCCCUUAAUCCUCGUUGGGACAGCCUAACCAAUUUGGUUUUGAAUUCUACUUACGUUGGGUGGCCAAGCGUUUUUGCGCUACUUAAAGCUAUACCAGCUCUUGAAGAGCUGCAUAUGAGCCUUAAUGAGUAUUCCUACGUAAACCUGACAGGGCAGGAAGUGGAUGAAAAAGACCUGUGUGAAGCGUGCGCGCGUCUAAAAGUCGAAGACGUCGGACCAGUCCACGAGCAACUUAAGAAGUUACAUUUCUCCGGAAACCCAGUGAGCAGUUGGCGGGAGAUAUGCAAAUUUGGUUACGCAUUCCCUAACUUAGAAACACUGAUGGUGAACGAUUGUUCUAUAACAACAUUGGACCCCGAUCCAUGCGAGAAAUGUGAAGAUAACAAUGGAAAUAAGAAGAGCCAUGAUGCCUUUCCUCAUCUACGGUUCCUGAACCUAAACAACACCGGUCUCGCCACGUGGGACGAGGUGGAUCGGAUAGCGCAAUUUCCUGCCCUCAGAAGUCUCAGAGUGCAGGGCUGGCCUCUUUGGGAGCGGUUCGAGUCCACAGAGCACGAGCGGCGACUGCUCCUGGUGGCGCGGCUGCCGCGCGUGCGCACACUCAACGGUGGCGGCGCCGUGCCCGUCGAAGAGCGCGACGCCGCCGAACGCGCCUUUAUACGCUACUACAUGGAGAAACCCGAGGCAGACAGGCCUGACAGGUACUGGGAGCUGGUAAGCGUGCACGGCAAGCUGGACCCGCUGGUGUCCAUCGACCUGCGGCCCGAGAAGCGUGUCCAGAUCACCUUCACCUGUGGCGACACCAGCGAAGUGCGCACCGUCGAUGUCUACAGAACCGUAGCAGACUUGAAGCAGCGACUCGCCGGCCUGGCUGGCUUCCCUGCCUCCAAGAUGAGAUUAUUCUACGUCGACCAAGAUGUGCGAGACACGCAGGGCCCUGAGGAGAUGAAGUACCCGACAAAGCAGCUGUACUCGUACAACAUCCGGUCUGGCGACGAGAUCAUCAUCGAGUCCAAACUGAAGAACUCCAUCUCCAACAACUCCACCUCGUGAAGUCCACGCCGGCGCCGCCCGGUCGGGAAGCGUUAGGUGCAUUUCUGGGAAAAUCGAGACCAUUCCCAGGAACCCAUUUUUAAACUAUCAGAUAAACUUCUCGUUCUGCCAAAAAC